AUGAAAUUGAUGAUUAAUAAAGGAUGCUUUGAAAAUCCACAUAAAACAAAUGAACUAUUGUCUGAUUCGCAAGCUGUUGGCACCAAUGAUCAAUUUUCAAUUGAUAAUAUAAACCAGCCUGAUAAUGAAUGCAUUAAUGACAAUCGACAAACUGAAAAUGUCAGAGAAACAGAUGAAUCUAUGCCCAAUGACCAGCAAUCAAUCACCAGAAUGCUUGAACAAACGACCCUAGCAAACAAUAGUACACAAGCUGAUAAUAUCGGAUCUAUUCAAGAUGAUGAUAAU